AUGGCCCGUCGUCCCGCUCGUUGCUACCGGUACUGCAAGAACAAGCCGUACCCCAAGUCGCGCUUCAACCGCGGUGUCCCCGACCCCAAGAUUCGCAUCUUCGAUCUUGGCCGCAAGAAGGCGACUGUCGAUGACUUCCCUCUCUGCAUCCACAUGGUCUCCAACGAGUACGAGCAGCUGAGUUCCGAGGCUCUCGAGGCCGCUCGCAUUUGCGCCAACAAGUACUUCGUCAAGACCGCCGGAAAGGAGUCCUUCCACCUCCGUGUCCGCGCCCACCCCUUCCACGUCGUCCGUAUCAACAAGAUGUUGUCUUGCGCCGGUGCCGAUAGACUUCAGACUGGUAUGCGUGGUGCCUGGGGUAAGCCCAACGGCACUGUCGCCCGUGUCAACAUUGGCCAGAUCAUCAUGUCCAUCCGCACUCGUGACUCCAACAAGGCCGUUGCCCUUGAGGCCCUCCGCCGCUCCCAGUACAAGUUCCCCGGUCGCCAGAAAAUCAUUAUCUCCAAGAACUGGGGCUUCACCCCCCUUCGCCGCGAGGAGUACCUCGAGAAGAAGGCUGCUGGCCGCGUCAAGGUCGAUGGUGCCUACGUUCAGUUCCUUGCCAACCACGGCUCCCUCGAGCAGAACAUGAAGCGCUUCCCCGAUGCUUUCGCCUCCGAGGCUUAA